GGCACCACCCCCUGCUCCCGCGGCAGCUCCUGGAGCGCGGACCUCGACAAGUGCAUGGAUUGCGCGUCGUGCCCGGCGCGGCCACACAGCGACUUCUGUCUGGGCUGCGCUGCGGCGCCCCCGUCCCCCUUCCGGCUGCUGUGGCCCAUCUUGGGGGGCGCCCUGGGACUGGCCCUGGUUCUGGGGCUGGUUUCCGGCUUCCUGGUCUGGAAACGGUGCCGCAGGAGAGAAAAGUUUACCACCCCCAUCGAGGAGACCGGUGGGGAGGGCUGCCCUGGCGUGGCGCUGAUCCAGUGACCGAGCGGCCCCUGCCAGCGGAAGGCGCCCCACUCACUAGCUCACUCAUUCACCCUGGAGCCGGCCCUGCCUCCCAGACACAGCGGGAGCCCCACCACAGGGUGUGGGGGCAGGGGCGGGUGAAUCACAGCGCUCCCGCCGGCUUCAGACGCCGGCCAAGGUGUCUCUGGCUUCGGGACAGAAGAGACCCAUGCUGGCUGACACCACCGUGGACACUAAGGAACUGCAGCAUUUGCACAAGGGGGUCCCCCACCCCGCAAACCCUGGGGGCCAGACUGACCUAGGGACAGACAAGCUGGCCCCACCCAUUCUGACGUGCUGACAUUUCACUAUGGGGGUCCCAGCCUGGGGGGGUCAGGGACCUGUUCCUAACGCUAGGGGGCUGGCCCUCUAGGGGGCUGGCCGAAGACACUGCCCCCAUCCUCAAAAGGGGGAGAGAUAUUUAUUUGGGGAGAGAGUUUGGAGGGGAGGGAGAAUUUAUUAAUAAAAAAGAGUCUUUAACUUUAAAUGGAUUAGAGGGGCGAGGAUGGAGCCUGGCUUCCCAGAGCUGGGGGGGGGGUGAGUCAGCGCGGGGGCGGGGGCGAGGCUCUGACUCACACAUUCUCAAUGCCUGAGCCCAGCCUGCCAGGAC